AUGGCGUCGUCGGCGUCUCCUCUCCUUCUCAUCAUCUUUAUCCUAUGCCCCUCACUCCUCCACGCACACUCCGACCUCGAAGCCCUCUUGACUCUGAAGUCAUACCUCGUUGGGCCUUUGGGCUCGGGCCUCGACGACUGGUCUGAUUCGACGCCUCAUUACCCGGACCACUGCUCCUUCUCCGGCGUCGGUUGCGACGCUGACGGUCGCGUGACGUCGCUCAACAUCGUCGACGUCCCGCUCUCCGGAUCCCUCUCGCCGGAAAUCGGCUUGCUGAGCAACCUCGUCAACCUCACCCUCUCAGGGACCAGCCUGACCGGCCCCCUGCCGGCCGAAAUCCGCGGCCUAACCUCGCUGAAGCUCGUAAACAUAAGCCAGAACGCGUUCGCCGGCGCCAUUCCCGGCGAGGUUGUGUCGGGCCUUGCCGACCUCGAGGUGUUCGACGCGCUGAACAACAAUUUCUCCGGCGGCCUGCCGGCAGAGUUCGCGCGGUUGAGGAAGCUGAAGUUCCUCAGCCUCGCCGGAAACUACUUCUCCGGCGAUAUCCCAGAGAUUUACUCCGAGUUCCAGAGCUUAACUCAUCUGGGUCUGCACGGAAACAGUCUGACCGGAAAAAUCCCCUCCGGGCUGGCCAAGAUACCCAACCUCCAAGAGCUCUAUCUCGGGUAUUACAACACGUACUCUGGCGGCAUACCGCCGGAGUUCGGCUCCAUGGCUCGUCUUCAGCUGCUUGAUCUUGGCAUGUGCAAUUUGAGUGGUGAAAUUCCGGCGAGACUUGGGAACCUCAAGCAUUUGCACUCUCUGUUUCUUCAGAUAAAUAACCUGACAGGCCAGCUCCCGGCGGAGCUGUCCGGCAUGACGAACCUAAUGUCGUUAGAUAUCUCCGUGAACGGCCUCACCGGAGAAAUCCCCGAAACUUUUUCAAACUUAAAGAACCUCACACUUCUCAACUUGUUCCACAACAAAUUCCAAGGCCCUGUCCCGAGCUUCUUCGGCGAGCUCCCGAACCUCGAAGUUCUCCACAUAUGGAGCAACAACUUCACCCUCAGCCUUCCCGAAAAUCUCGGCACUAACAAAAGGCUCACUAUGCUCGAUAUAUUAUCGCUCGACAACAACAGAUUCUCCGGGGAGAUUCCGGCCGAGAUUUUCGGGAUCAAGAAGCUCACAAAGCUCAACUUAAGCGGUAACCGUCUCACCGGCCGGAUACCACCGGCGGAUGAUUUUGUGAACGGUUCUCUUCUCUCGUUCGUUGACCUCAGCCGGAAUAACUUGAUUGGUGGAAUCUCGGGGAAUAUUAUUCUUCAGCUGCAGAACCUUAACGUUCUCAACUUGUCGAGCAACAAUCUCCGAGGCGAAAUUCCUGAGGAAAUUGGGCUCAUGAAGAGCCUAACUGUAUUGGAUUUGUCUUACAAUGAUUUUUCGGGUCGGGUCCCAGCGACGGGGCUUCUAGGUGCUUUGGACGAUCGUUUUUUCGCUGGCAACACUAAUCUCUGCUUGCGUCACAGCUCGUUUUGUCGAUCUAAUACACGCAACUCGAGACGAGCAUCGAGUCCAGCUGUCAUAGUUACAGUCUCGGUUAUCGUUUUAUUAGUUAUUCUAUGUGGUUGGACUUUUUUCAGAAGGUGGCAUUUCGAAAAAUCGAGAAAAUGGAAGCUCACGGCUUUCCAAAAAGUGGAUUUCACGGCUGUGGAUGUGAUCGGUUGCUUGAAAGAAGAGAAUAUAAUCGGGAAAGGCGGGGCCGGGAUUGUCUACAUGGGCUCCAUGCCGAACGGAGCUGAUAAUAUCGCUAUCAAACGCCUCGCCAGGCGAGCUAACAGCUGUAAUAAUAAUAAUAGUAAUAGUAAUAAUGAUCGCGGUUUUAUGGCCGAAAUACAGACUUUGGGGAGUAUAAGGCACCGGAACAUAGUACGCCUCUUAGGUUACUUGUGUAAUAACGAAACGAAUCUGUUGCUUUACGAGUACAUGCCUAACGGGAGCUUGGGGGAAGUGCUGCACGGGCCGAAAGGGGCACAUUUGAUAUGGGAAUCAAGGUUUAAGGUUGCGGUGGAGGCUGCUAAAGGGCUGUGUUACUUGCAUCACGACUGUUCGCCUCAGAUCAUUCACAGAGAUGUGAAGUCGAACAAUAUUCUGCUCGACUCGGAUUAUGAGGCUCACGUGGCUGAUUUUGGGCUGGCUAAGUUCUUGGGUGAUGGGAGUGUGUCGUCAGUUGCCGGCUCGUAUGGCUACAUUGCACCGGAGUACGCGUACACUCUGAAAAUCGACCAGAAAAGUGACGUGUACAGCUUUGGUGUUGUGCUGCUGGAGCUCAUCACGGGCCGAAAGCCCGUUGGUGGGUUUGGGGAAGGAGUGGACAUUGUUAGGUGGGUUGCGAAAACAAAAUCCGAGCUGUCAACGGCCCAUAAGGACCUCACUUUGGUCCUGGCUGUGAUUGAUCCACGGCUUAAUGGGUACUCGCUGGACUCGGUCGUUGGCCUGUUCAGGAUUGCAAUGAUGUGCGUGGCGGACGACAGCUCGAGAAGGCCCACGAUGCGUGAGGUCGUAUACAUGCUCGAGAAUCCUUCCCCAGCCUGA